AUGGGUAAAAAAAAACAUCGUAAAGAUGAGAAAUUUUACCAACCCAAGAAAAUAAUAAAGAUCAAUGAUACGAAUUCAAAUAAUCGUGUUCACCCUUAUUUGUCUAAUGUAUCAUCGAAUGCACCGGAAAAUAGCCCACCGAUGGAAAUUCCCGGUUUCUAUUAUGACAGCGAAAAGAAUAGGUACUUUAAGAUACUUCCAAACAAGACGUUUGGGAGUGAUCAUCCUCACAGCAUUUCUGCGAUAAAAGAGAAAAAAAUGACAAAAGAGGUUGAAAAGUCAUGGGCUCACCGAAAUUAUAACAGAUUUGAUUAUCUCCUGAGUAAAGAAGUCAAUCCUUUCAAAUCUCAUCGCAGAAUUCAAAACGAGACGGGUGAAUUCAUUGUAAAUUUGUAUCAUCAUGUUGGCUCCCUUGAAACGUCGUAUGUGAAACAUCGGGUCACAUAUUUCCUGAUUCAUCCGUUAGUUAAUGAUAUCUAUUAUGGUAAUGUUCAAGGACUCGUUGGAUUGCUAAGAUAUCGAGCUGACAAGGAUUCUUGUUCCGAGCUUUUCAAAUUGUCAUCUGGUUAUUGUACCUCCGAGAUAUCAUCAAUGGAUCUGACAAAGGAUAAUUUAUUAUCUGUUACAUCUCUCGGAGGUGACCUAGGCCCUGGUGUACUGUGCAUUUUCAAAAUUCCAGCGGAUUAUAAUCAAUUUUGUUUGGCAGAACCCGUAUUCGAAUAUGUAUCAAAAACGACCCUUUGGACUUCCACUUUUUCGCAGGUCACCCCUUCAACGGCUGUAGGUUCAUCCAAUAAUGUGACCAUUGUUCAGAAUUACUCUGGACAUAAAACGAUGGAAAGAGUCUAUCGGACUAAUAGUGAUGUGUUUGCUUUAGACUUUGAUCGAAAUCAGGCGAGUAAAUAUUUUAAACCAUCGGUAGUUUAUGCUGGAUGUCGAGAUGGUCAGAUUCGAAUAUUUGAUAUACGUUCGAAUAUUAAUAGAUCAGCGGGCGAGAGUCCACGUAUAAGACAGUCAUCACCAGUGUGCAAUUUGAAGUCUAUUCAUAGCUGUCAUGUCUUAUGUGAUGGAAUGAAUGGAUCGCUAUCCCUGUGGGAUAUUCGAUGCAUGAAAAAAGACCCAGUUAUGGAGUAUUUAGGACACGUUAAUAAUGGCAAUCGUCGAAUAGGAUUUUCCGUUAAUACACAUGAAUCAAUAGUCGCGAUAGCCGGCUCGGACAGAUACGUCCGAUUAUAUUCGAUAUCAUCCGGUAAAUUGGUGCGUGCACCCAUAGGGCCGUUUAAAGAACACAUAUCGACCAUAAAGUUUUGUGAAACUUUUAGCGUCGCGGAUUCUUCAAACCUUAAAUAUAUGGAAGCACGUGAUAUAAGGGGCGAAGGUAUCUGGUUUUCUGUUGGUUCCGAAUUGCAAUGGUGGAGCGUCUGA